CCACCACAUGAACCAUUCUCGGUCCUUUAAACUCAUGUGUCUAGCUGUAUGCUGAUUAUUUGUCAUCAUGUACUACUCAUCAGACCCGAAUGCUAUGGCGAAUCAAAGCCCUCCAGGACCACCCCAUGUGGCCGGUUACCAGCCUCCAGCAGCUGAUAUUGCAGAGUCCUCAACAAGCCGGCAGCAACAGAGUAGCAGCCCCAACGAUUAUAGACAAAAUGCACUUCCUCCUCCUCCUCCAAAUCCUCUUCUUCAUAUUCCUCCCCCUCAGCCCUGGAAAGGGAACCCUUGGUCUUCAGGCCUCUGCGGUUGCUUUUCCAACGUCCCCAACUGUUGCAUGACAUUUUGGUGCCCUUGCGUCACUUUUGGGCGAAUUGCCGAGAUUGUGGAUAGAGGAUCAACGUUAGUUGCAAGUUUGUAUGCUUGAGAACCCAUUGCAGAUGAUCAUUAUAUGUGGGACGGUCUCCAAAUGAAAAUAUAGUGGGAGACGUUUUCCAAAUAGAUGGCGCUGCGGUCUCUUGUUGGAGAACCCACUGGAGAUGUCCUUAUGUGAUUGAAAAAUGAAAUACAUAACAUUAAGUUAG